AUGAAUCCCGCCCAGUUUCCCAACCCUGGCGGGGGCAUGCCCGGGGUCGUCAAACCGAAUAUGCCGCCGCAACAAAACAAGGAGGGUGCCCAACUCAUCAUGGGCCAUGUUGCUCAGAUCCUCGCGAACCAGGGCCCAUUUGGUGGAUGGAAGGCCGAUGUGCCCAUCAAGACUCGAGCCAUGAAUGUUUACCAGAUGAUCACCUCACUUCGUCUGAUUCAACCCCGAAUCGAUCUUAAUCAGGCAGCCCAGGCGGCUGUUAGUUUCGAACAGAAAGCCUUUCAGAAGGCGACCGAGAAGAGUGAUUACGAAAAAGAAUGUAACGAGAAGCUCCUACACAUCAAAGACACCCGACAGAGACAAGCCGCAGUCGCUAUUCAAGGUGGUAUGAUGGCGGGCGGUAUGCAGAACCAAAUGCAAGGUGGAUUCCCUCCUCAGAUGGGUCGAGGCAUGCAGACUUCUCCCGUCCCGGGUCAGCCUCAAAUGGCGAUGGGCAUGGGAAUGAACGACCCAAACCAACAAGUCUUAAUGCAGCAACGCCAACAGCAGCAGCAGUCUGCGAUGCUCCAACAACAACAAGCUCAACGGGCGCAGCAGCGUCCCGGCAACGCCCCCCUCCCGGAUGACCUCAACAACCUCUCUGCACAAGAACUCGAACACGUUUCUCGACUCGCCAAUCAAAUGCUCUCGAAGACAUCCCCCGAGGACAUGGAAAAAAUCAAGCUCAACUUGUCGAAUAUGAACCCCGAUCAACGUCAAUAUCUAGCACGAAAAAACAUGGAUCCGAUGACAUACUUUUUCCGUUCUCAGGCACUUACCCAACUUCGACGCCACAAGCGUGCGAAGGAGCUGGGCCGCGCGCCGAACGCCGGCAUGGAUCCGAACAGUGCUAUGAUGGGGGAUCCUGCGAUGAUGAACCAACAACAACGACAGAUGUUCCAAAACAUGAUGAACCUCCAGCGAAACAACGGGUUCUCGGGGAGCCCCAAUCAAGGACUCGAUCCCAACAACGCCUUUAUUGGCAAUGUGGAAAACAUACAGGGCCAACAGGCCGAUGGCCUGCGUUCACAGGAGGCUGGUCAGCUUGUGGUACCCGCCAACUCAUCGCAGAUAAAUCAGUCGGCAUUCUCCAAUAACCAGAACAUGUUCUCGCAGCAGAUGGGACAAAAUGGCCAGGCGAACAUGAAUGGGGCGGGCGUCGAUCCCCAGAUGUUCAACCCACAGCACAUGCAACAAGCAGGCUCGAAUGGACCCCAAGGACGAAUGCAAUUCCCCAAUCAACAGGCCCAAGCCCAAGCCCAGGCCCAGGCUCAAGCUCGAGCUCAAGCCGCGCAGAAGGCUCAGAUGGCGAUGUCUGGCCAAAAUGCUCAGGCACAGUCUCACCUUGGCCAAGGGAGCCCGGGCAUGAACAUGCUGAACCAACCGAUGGCCCCUGGUCAAAUGUCCCCAGUUCAAAUGCCUGCUCAGUCCCGGCCUGCGUCGCGACCUCCCAACAUGGGGCAGCAUCCUGGUGGUGUCCAGGGUGGUGCUCCUCAGCCUGGGAUGCAAGGUCGACCACAGAUCCCUGCAAAUCUUCCACAGGCGGUACAGGAACAACUGAACGCGAUGUCUAACGAGCAACUCCACGCCUUUUUGUUGAACCAGCGUCGCGCAGCCCUUGCCAACAAUAUGCAACGAGCAAAUAAUCCCGGUCAACAACCUGGUGGUCUUCAGCAGAAAGUGACCCAACCCGGUCAGGUCCCAGGGAUGUUCAACGGUCAGAUGGGAAAUAAUCCUCGCAUGAGAAACUCGAUUAGCAUGCAGCAGGGAAUGAAUGCCGGGGGUCCACAGCAAAUUCCAGGCGGCCAGCAGUUGACACCCCAACAGCAGCAACACAUGCAACGGGCUCAACAGAAUGAGAUGACCAGACUCCAGAUGCUGCGACAACAGAAUAAUGGCAUGGAGAUGACCCCGGAGCAAACCACACAAAUGGAUCAGGCGACUUUCCCACAGUCCCUUCUCACCAACAAUUCGCAAGUUCCGAAGAACAUCAAAACCUGGGGCCAGCUGAAGCAAUGGGUUUCAUCAAACUCACAAGCCUCGACUGGAAUUGACCCAAACAAACUUUUGACACUUCAGAAGCUCCACUUCGCCCAGAUUCUCAGUGUUCAAGCAAAGGACCCUAACAGACAAAACCAAGGCCAGGGAGUCAUGAAAAAUCCAUUCCAGCAAGCACCCCAGGGUCAAGUGCAGAAUGCACAGAACCUUCAACCCGGACAACCUGGACAGCCAAGCAACAUGCCGCCCAUGCGCCCCAUCACCGCCCAGGAUAUCCACUUGGCUCGCCAAAAGCUGGGACCUCAGUCGCAGUCGUAUACCGAUGAUCAAAUCCGGGAUAUCCUCCGAAACCGACAGAGACAAAUCCUAAUCCAGACCGCGCACCAGCGAGCCCAGGCUCAACAGUUGAGCGCAAACGCAAACAUGGCAUCUGGGCAGAAUCAACCAAUUGCCCAGCCCCAGAUUCCUCAAACCCAGAACAACCAGCCGGCCAAACAACCUCCCAUGCCCCAACCGCAGGUAUCUGCGUCCGAAACACCAGCGGCAACUGCGAAGCCUCCGACUGGAGCUGCUGCUGGAAAAGGUGGGAAGGGAGCUGCUGCUAAGCAGAACUCGAAGAAACGCCCAAGCACCGAUGAUACUGCUGCUGCUGCCGCGGCCGCGGCAGCCGCUGCAUCAGCCGCUGCUCAACAAGCACAGCUUGCUGCUCCUCCUGUUAACGCCCAAAGGGCAAGUGCUCCGUUCUCACAAGAACAAUUCGCUGCUAUGAGUCCUCAGCAGCGAUUGCAAGUUGAGGCCCAUAUGAGGCGCCAGCAGCAGAGUCAGCUCCGUGGGCCAAUACUCAACAGGGCUGCUGCAGAGGAAGCUUGGAACAACCACCUCCCGCCCAAGAUCAUGGAGGCUUACAACGAAAUUUCCAAGAAUGCUCCGGCGGUAAAGCCUAUCUCCGUUUCUCCAGACCAAAAGGCUAUUAUGACCCAGCAACUUCAGGACUCUUUGGACGUACUGGGCCGCCUGGAUGUCUUGGUUCUGCAUGGCUUCGGUAAGAUGCAGGGCCAAGAGAGAAAUGUUAAGAACCUUCUCGCCAUGCGCAUCCAGUUGAUGCGGCAGUUCAAGCCGUCACAGGAGUGGAUCGUCAACGACCAGUUUACUAUCACCCCUGAUUACUUGACUGGCGCCAUUCUCUUCAUUCGCAAGCUUUUCCAGGUCAUGAUUGUUCGUAUGAACCAAGCCCGACCCAACAGCAACCAAGCUGGUACAGCGGUCGCCGCCGGCAACCAGGUCAAUCCAGGCAGCACACCCCAACUAAAUGCAUCUAACCUUCAACAGUUGCAGGCGCAGCAAGAAGAAGCCAGUCGUACUCGUCGUCCCUCCGAACAAUCUGCGACACACCCUGCCGCUCCAUUUGGAGCACCAUCACCUUCCGGGGUUCCUCACGCCUAUGGACCUGGCGGUCUUGUGCCCGAGAAGCUCAAGCUACCCCCUCCCAAAAAGCGCAAGCAGUCUCAUGCCGGUCCCACUGCUUCGCCUGUUCAAGCCGCUACCACUGCGCCGGCCGCAGCUGCCAAGUACAAGCAGGCUGUGGCUGAUGCGAAGACGACAGCAGCUGCUCUCGCUGGUGCUUUCAAAUGCAGUGUGGUAGAGUGUCAGCACCAUUUCCAAGGCUUCCCCAGCCAAGCCGCCCUUGACAGCCAUGUCGAGAAGGACCAUCAGCCAGAAGAAGAAGAGAACAUCGAAGACCCUCUUCAAUUCUAUCUCGAAAGCAUUUCGAUGGGUUUGGGCUUGGACGCGAGUGGUCAGCCGAUCAAACCGAACCACACUACGGGUCUUCCUCCCACCAUGACCCCCGUCAAUAAACCAAGUGUUGCAUCGCCAGUCAAGCAUGGUCUUGCUACUCCAGUUACUGCCAGCACUACGCCUAUGGCUCGUGCCACCAGCCAACUCGGGGCCAAGGGUGCAUCACCAGCAACCCCAGCUCAACAACUCACACCCAAUCAACCCGCCAAGACCAUCAAGCCUUCUCCUGGAAAAGAAGUUCAGAAGCACACUAUCCAAGACGGCGAGGUCAAGGAUCCAUGGUCAGAAUUUCCAAUGUCCUUGGGUACUGUCCACGACUCAUUCACUCCUGUUUUCUCGGAAUGCAGACGUCGUGGUCUUGGUUAUGACCCCUUCGACGAAUUCAUGAACACAGACAUGUUCACUCAGGAUCAAACCGAGGACACCCCCGACUCAUGGGAUAUUGCUUUAGCAACUCUGACCCCCAAGGAUGAUGCAUCUAAGGGAGACGUCAAAGACGGUGUUGUUUGGAGCGACUGGGUACCUUGGGAUGAAGAUACCACCCUGGCCACUGCCGACUGGAUGAACAUUCCUCCCGAGAUCAUGCUCAGGGAUGGCCCUGAUGUGAUUCCUGGUGUGCAGGUCGACUGGGAAAGCCUCGAGCGUCAACAGAAGGACGGAACUAGCUUCGCUCCUCUUCCAAUUGCCCCUACAGCAUGA